AUGCUGGGAGGCUACGGACACAUAUCCAGCAUCGACAUCAGUGGCUCCAAAAAAUUCCUACAGAGGUUCCUUCGAGUGAGUGAUGGUCCUCAUAAGGUAGACUCAUCAUAUGCCCUGGACUGUGGGGCCGGCAUAGGUCGCAUCACCAAACGUCUCUUGCUGCCAUUAUUUAAAAAGGUAGAUAUGGUUGACGUAACAGAUGAAUUUCUAAGCAAGGCGAAGAGCUAUCUCGGGGAAGAUGGGAAGAGAAUCGGCAACUUCUACUGCUCCGGACUGCAGGAGUUUUCUCCAGAGCCAAACCGCUAUGACGUCAUUUGGAUUCAGUGGGUAAUAGGACAUUUGACAGACAGCCACCUUGUGGAAUUCUUAAAGCGUUGCAAAGCUGGCCUGCGACCUAAUGGCAUCAUUGUCAUCAAGGACAACAUGGCUACAGAAGGCGCCAUUAUGGACGACGUGGACAGCAGCAUCUGCAGAGACAUGGACGUGGUAUGUAGACUCAUCAGACAGGCUGGCCUUUCUAUUCUGGCCCAAGAAAGACAGGAGAACUUUCCUGAUGAAAUCUAUCACGUUUACUCCUUUGCCAUGAGAUAA